AUGGAUGCAGUGCUGGCCUGCAAUGGCGCGGCCGGGCUGCGGUCCCGGGGUACACGGCCCAGGGGACACUUCGAGGCGGAGGCCAGCGACGUGGCCUACCACUGCGCCCUGACCUCGCGCGAGGCUGGCCGGGGCCGUCGCCUUCGUCGUCGUCGCGUCGCGUCGCGUCGCGAUUGGGCGUCGCCUUCUGUCGCUGCUGCCGGGGUAGCGGGAGGCUCUCGUUCGUCCCGGAGCAGAGGGGAAGGCAAGACUGAGAUUAAUCAGCAGUUAAACCUAGAGUCAAUGGAACUUGAUGAGCUUACCCUAGAAAAUUACUGCACUGCUGCACCGCUUGUCUAUUACUCAGAAAAAUCCUCUGAGGAUGGAGUUGAAAACCCUGAAAGGAAAAUAUCAGUGGGAACUCCCACUUGCAAGAAAAGGUUCAUAAGCCUUUUGGUUACCAUUGAAAACCAUACUCCAUUAGUAGAACUAUCUCAAUGUUUAGGAACCAGAGAACUUUCUGAAAUUCUUGAAUUUCCCUGGGAAGAAACUAAAAAUGUGUACAAGUGUCCUGAAUGUGACCAAAGCUUCAGCGACAAUUCUUACCUUGUUUUGCAUCAGAAAAUUCACUCAGUAGAGAAAAAAUAUAAAUGUAGUGACUGUGGGAAGAUCUUCAAUCACAGAGCCAACCUGAGGACACACAGGAGAAUCCACACUGGUGAGAAGCCUUAUAAGUGUGCCAAGUGCAGUGCUAGCUUCCACCAGCAGUCACAUCUGUCCCAGCACAUGAAUAGCCAUGUAAAGGAGAAACCCUAUUCUUGUGGCAUAUGUGGAAGAAGUUUUAUGUGGCUUCCAGGAUUGGCACAGCAUCAGAAAAGCCACAGUGCUGAGGAAGCCUAUGAAUGUGCCAACCCUGAGAAAUACGUUGUUCAGAAAACAAAUCUUGCUUUGCAAGAGAAAACACACUCAUCAGCUACCCCAUACCAGAACACUCAGUGUGUGAGCACUUUUGGGCAGCUCUCAUGCUCUGCCCUCCCAGAGAAGGGCCACGAGGAGGAUUCUGAAGGCUGCAGCAAUGACCAUGAAAACUUUUCUUUCUCAAAAUUCAAACCCUUACAGUGUCAGGAGUGUGACACGACUUUUCCUUGUUUCUUUGAGCUUGUUUCUCAUCAGAACACUCACACAGAAGAGCCCCACAAAUGCAAAACGUGUGCAGAAAGCUUUCCAUCAGAUUCCGAACUUGCACGCCAUCGGAAGAGCCACAUGGAAGAGGGACCUUUUAAAUGUGCCAUAUGUGGAAAAAGGUUUAGGGUGAAUAUGCAUCUCAUUAUGCAUAAGCAAACUCAUAGGGAAAACACCAAGUAAAUGUAACACGUUGUCAUUCAUGCUUGGGCUUUUCAGUAUCUACACGGGGCGGGAUGGGGGUGAGAGUUGCUAUUUAUGUGCCAGACAUCUUGCUAAGCACCUUAAACACAUUCCACAUAAUGUAUAAUUCUUAGCACGACCUUAGGUUAUAUUCUAUGUGAGAGCCGAAGAGCAUAAUCAGGAUCACAUAGCCAGGACUGAAACUCAGUUACGGUUCACAUUCCGUUUUUAUGAGCCAGAGGACAAUACAGAACUUUUUCUUUAAGUUUUCAUUAAAAUAAAGGUUGUUGCUAGAGUUCUCCUUUUGUUUACAUGGUUUCUAAGUACAUUUUAGAGGAGAAUUUAAUUUUUUUGCAGAUAUGGUAUCUAGGAAAGUAAAUGUUUUUAUACUUUUUUGGUAUAACUAUUUGAAUGUAAUAUUUGUAUGAUGUUAUUCUUAACAUGUGAAUUUCUAGAGGAGUUGAGAAGCUCUUCCUCCCUGACCCCCUAAAAAGUUCCCAAAGGGUGCACUAGUUGAUAUUUUGACAGUUAUUACUAUCUAUGGAGUUCCCAUUCUCAGAUCUGACAUCAGGGGGAGGUACUGGCAUCUAUGACUCAAAUAUUUCUAAGGAGCUUUAGUGAUUUCACUAUAAUGCUUUCCUGGAGGCUGGACCUGAUUUAAAGGUAGAGUAGGGAGGGAAAGGACUUGCUUGUCUCUACAGGAGAUAGCCUUCAAAUCUCAACUGAAGCAGGCCGUCUAUCUUGCUGUGAAUAAUCAUGACUGGUUUUUACUGAAUAUGUUAUUUACAUGAUUUAAGCUUUAGAAUAAAUCUGUGACAGAGAAAGGACUAUCCUUGUUUCAUAGCAAUGAGGAAACCGAAGGCCUCUGAGGAAAAGUCAGUACUUUGCCCUGCAUGCAAGAAAUCACACGGUGAUGAAACUGGCAUUUAAACUUGGGUGUCUCUAAUUCCAAAGGCCACAGGUUCUGUGAUACUGCAUUUCUUGUUGGUAUCCAUGGCCCAUGAUAGAACUAUAAGCAAUCAGGGAGGCUGAGAUAGGGAGGUGAGCCUGGCCAGCCUGGAGAAUGACCUGUGAGCUUACAUUCCGGAACCCCUUUGUUCCCUUUCAUUACCCACGCCUGACUGACCUAUGCUGUUACAAGGCAACAGAAGGCUCCCCAAGACUUCAAGUUUGAACUCCCAUCCCUGUCAUCCAAGCAGAGAUUCCAGGCUACACAGAAUACAUCCUGAAAGUUUUAGUUGGUUUUUUUUUUAAAGAAGUAACAUUUCCUCUCCAUCUCCAAAGAAAAAUAAUUUAGAAAAUUGUUAGAUUUUUAACCAAAAUACUUGAUAGUAUAUGUCUAGAAACAGCUAUUACAAAUAUUGGAAAAAAUAUUGUUAAAUAGUGUGUUAUUAAUGUUAAAGAACCAGAGAAUGUUGUAAAUAUAUAUUCAUAUAGGUUUCUCUUUAAAGCCAAAGUGAUUGUAUACCUAUCAGCAAACUAAUAUUUAUGUGGGCCUUUGGGAUAGAAGAAUGAUCUUAUUGUAUUUAGACACUGCAAAGGUACAUUAUUUAUUAAAAUGGAAUUAUUGGGAAAUCUCAUUAGCAAAAACAAAAGCCUCUUGAAGACUAAUUGGAGGACAGUACAACUGAACGUGCCAAAGAUGCUGCCCACUACACCUAAGCCCUAACACUUAACAGGGGAAGAUCAUGCUGGUGAGUGAAUCAGUAGCCUUAACCAAACUUGCCUUUUCUCUUUUCCCUUCUUGUCAUUCUUGUUUUGUGUUUGCAAAGCCACUCUUAAGACCAAAUACUCUGGCUGUCAAGGUCAGACUUGCCUCUUCUGCUUUCACCCGACUACCGGGGUCUGUGUGGCUGUGUGGUGACUCCGAGCCCCUUGCCCCCAGCACACUCCUCCUCUCAGAAAGGAAUCCACUGCAACAUUGUUGAGAAAUCAACUGCAACAGUUUCCCAUGUCUCCACUGUCAGGAUACCAACCUGCCAAGGCUGCAAAGUCUUAAAUUUUAAAAUAUGCCUUCUGAUCUCUUCAGUUGGCCUCUCAGUGAGGUACUUCAGGUAGUACAGAAAGAUGGCCUCCAUUUAGUUUUUUUUUUUUUUUUUUUUUUUUUUUUUUUU